AUGCAUUGCGUUUUUCGAAUUAUGGGUUCACAAAAAUUAGAAGAUCGAUUCUGGCAAGUUAAUUUAGCUCUGACCAGUGACAACGAUGAACAGCUUAGAAAUAUUGCCGAUUACAUGAGAAAAGAGCUUGGCAAAGGUACUUCAUUGGACAAACUAGGACAUCUAAUGCUUAAGAUGGGCGAACUUAGUCAAGCUGAAGAAAUAUAUGCACCACAACUUGAUUCAACUGAUGAAAAGAAUUGGCGUAGGCAUUCUCAUCUCAAUCAUCAGCUUGGAUGUGUCUACAGUGAAAAGGGUGAUUAUAAAACUGCGAUUUUAUACUAUGAAAAGGCACUUAAAGGUGAAUUGGAUUUUUUACCAUCUGACGAUCCUUCGCUAGCUCCGACCUAUAAUAAUAUUGCUGGAGUGCAUGAGUCAUUGGGAGACUAUGGAUCUGCACUUUCGUCUUAUCAAAAAGCACUUGAAAUAGAAGAGAAAUCUCUUCCCCCCGAUCAUCCUACACUAGCUACAACCUACAGCAACAUCGGCUUAAUGCAUAAAACAUUGGCAGAUUUUGCAAGUGCACUUUCAUUUUAUCAAAAGUCGCUCGAAAUUCGACAGAAAACACUUCCAUCUAAUCAUCCAGAUUUUGGAGCUAUAUAUAGUAAUAUUGGUGCAUUACAUCAAGACAUGGGAGACUAUUCGACUGCUCUCAAAUUUUAUCAACAGGCACUUGAUGUUCGAGAAAAAUAUCUUCCUCCAAAGCAUCGAGAUUUAGCUACGAGCUACGGUAAUUUUGGUUCUAUUCACAGUUCGAUGGGUGACAAAUCGAAAGCACUCGAAUAUUAUCAAAAAGCUCUUGAAAUUCGAGAAUUAUCUCUUCCUACUAAUCAUCCCGACAAAGCUAACAGCUACAUUUGCAUCGGCUCAGUAUAUGAUUCGAUGGACAAUUAUUCCAGCGCACUUUCAUGUUUUGAAAAAGCACUUGAAAUUCAAAAGCUGACUUUUCCAGAAAAUCAUCCAGAUUUUGCUGAUACCUAUAGUAGCUUUGGUUCAGUCUAUAGUUCGAUGGGAGACAAGUCUACUGCUCUAUCAUACUAUCAAAAAGCACUCGAAAUUCGUGAACUGUCACUUCCUCCUAAGCAUCCCAAUAUAGCUACUAGUUACAAUAACCUGGGUACAAUCUAUAGCUCUAUGGGAAAUAAACAAAAAGCCUUAUCGUCCUAUGAAAAAUCACUCGAAAUCAAACAAGCUUGCCUUCCUCCAAACCACCCAUCGCUUGUUACUACAUACAACAAUAUUGGUUUAGUUUAUCAAUCUAUGAGUGAUUACUCUACUGCACUUUCUUUUUAUGAAAAAGCAUAUGAAAUUUGUGAAAAAAAUCCUCAACUCAGUCAGUUGGAUGAAGCAGCUACGACUUAUAAUAAAAUUGGAUCAGCACAUCAUUCAAUGAAAGAGUACUCUAUUGCUCUUUCAUUUUUUGAAAAAGCACUUGAAAUACAAAGUAAAUCUCCUAAUCCUAAGAACCGUAGUUUGGCUGUUACGUAUAGCAACAUCGGUUUAGCCUAUCACGAGAUGAAUGAUCAUCAAAAGGCGCUUACAUUUUACGAAAAAGCGUUUGAAAUUGAACAAAAAUCACUUCCUGAUGACCAUCGUGACUUGGCUACUUCAUAUAGUAAUAUUGGCUUAGUAUAUGAUGCAAUGAAAGACUACACAACAGCACUUUCAUAUCAUGAAAAAGCAUUAGUUAUUCGAGAGAAAAAAAUGUCUUCUGAUGAUUCAGUACUGGCUUCAACUUAUAACAACAUCGCUUCAACAUGUUAUGAAAUGGAAAACUACUCAAGUGCGGUCUCGUUUUAUAAAAAAGCACUUCACAUUCGUGAAGAGUCUCUCGCUGCAGAUGAUCCAACUUUAGCCACUACCUAUAAUAAUAUCGCUGCCGCUUAUAAAUCAAUGAAUGACGAAUAUAAUGCCCUUGCAUUUUACGAGAAAGCACUUGCAAUACGAUUAAAAAAGCUUGCAGCUGAUGAUCCAUCGCUGGCGACAAUCUAUACUAGCAUUGCGUCUCUACAUAAUUUGUUGAAAGAUUACUCAAAUGCAAUCAUGUUUUAUAAGAAAGCUAUCCAAAUUCGUGAAAAAUCUUCGUCUGCAGAAGAUCUCGAAUUAGGAACCAACUAUAGCAACAUCGCUAUUGUCUAUAAAUCUGUAGGAGAUAAAACAAAUGCUCUUACAUUUUACAAGAAGGCACUUGCACUUCGAUUAAGAAAGCUUGCAGUUGAUGAUCCAUCGUUAGCUGCAAUUUAUACUGGUAUUGCAUCUCUACACUAUUCGAUGGAUGAUUACUCAAAUACAAUCACCUAUUAUAAGAAAGCCAUUGAAAUUCGUGAAAAAUCUUCGUCUUCAGAUGAUCCCGAAUUAGCAACCAACUAUAACAACAUCGCUGUCGCUUAUAGUUCAAUAAAUGAUAAAUUCAAUGCUCUUACAUUUUACCAGAAAGCACUUGCCAUUCGAUUAAAAAAGCUUGCAGCUGAUGAUCCAUCAUUAGCAUCUCUCUAUACUGGCAUUGCAUCUCUACACUAUUCGAUGGAUGAUUACUCAAAUACAAUCACUUAUUAUAAGAAAUCAAUCGAAAUUCUUGAAAAAUCUUCCUCUUCAGAUGAUCUCGAAUUAGCAACUAACUAUAAUAAUAUUGCUGUCGCUUAUAAAUCAAUCGAAGACCUAACAAAUGCUUUUGUAUUUUAUGAAAAUGCACCUAAAAUUCGAGUUCAAAGGCUUUCAUCAAAUGACCCAUCAUUGGCUUCUCUUUACAGCAAUAUUGCCUCGAUACAUUCAUCGAACGGAAACAAACCAGCUUCAGUUGAGUUUUAUAAUGAUAAAAAGUAA